AUCCCUCCAACGCAUGCAUAUAAUAAUACUAACACUAAUAUAUUCAUUCCAUACUCUCAAACCUUCCCUUUCUUCACUCUUCCUCUUUCACGCUCUCAUCUAUACAUCUCUGUUUCCCUCUUCAUUUCGAUUCUUCUGCAUCUGGCAAGCAGUUUGUGAUGAAGACUGAAUAAGAGAUCCAUUUUUUCUAUGAGGCCAAUCAAAUCAUGGGGGUGGACAAUGAGAAAGAAGAGUGUCUUGCCUAAUGGGAAAACCAAGUAUGAAGAUGAAACGACUGCCUUUUGUGGCAGUUGUUUGUACAGUGUUGUUUGUUGUGUAUAGGACUAUAAAGUAUGAAAAUUACCAAGAAGAGAUAGACAAAAAGUUGAAUAUUCGGGAAGAAGAAGGAAAGGAAUAUCCUGAAACUUCUAGAAAUGUGAAGGGCUUACCACGAGGUAUAAUACAUGCUACUUCAGAUUUGGAGUUAAGGUCUUUAUGGUCACCAAGUAAUUUGAGGUCAAAGGUUAAUGUUUACUCCAAUCGUAGCUUGCUGGCUAUUCCAGUUGGUAUUAAACAAAAGCAUAAUGUAGAUGUCAUGGUGCAAAAGUUUCUUCCAGACAAUUUUACAAUUAUUUUAUUCCAUUAUGAUGCCAAUGUGGAUGAAUGGUGGGAUCUUAGUUGGAGUGGCAAGGCCAUACACAUAACUGCUCAAAAUCAAACCAAGUGGUGGUUUGCAAAAAGAUUUCUGCAUCCAGAUAUAGUUUCUAUUUAUGAUUAUAUCUUUCUCUGGGAUGAGGAUAUAGGAGUUGAACAUUUUUCUCCGUCAAGAUACAUUGAAAUUGUGAAGGAAGAAGGAUUGGAAAUAUCUCAGCCAGCCCUUGACCCAAAUUCAACAGAGAUACAUCAUAGAAUUACAGUUAGAGCUAGGACCAAAAAAGUUCAUAGAAGAGUGUAUGAACUCAGAGGCAAUACUAGGUGUUCAGAUGCAAGUAAAGGGCCUCCAUGCACUGGGUUUGUGGAAGGUAUGGCUCCUGUUUUCUCUCGAUCUGCCUGGUAUUGUACUUGGCAUCUUAUACAGAAUGACCUUGUCCAUGGAUGGGGAGUGGAUAUGAAAAUAGGAUAUUGUGCACAGGGAGACCGCACUCAAAAUGUGGGAGUUGUUGAUAGUGAAUAUGUUGUUCACAAGGGUAUACAAACUCUGGGUGGUAGCAAUCAUGAUGUUGCUAAAGUUUCAAAUAGCAAAAGAACACCUCCGAAACAUGGUGCAGCGGCCUUUGAUCCGCGAGUUGAGAUAAGAAGGCAGUCAACAUGGGAACUUAAAGUCUUCAAAGAUCGCUGGAAGCGAGCUAUUGAUGAGGACAAAAGCUGGGUUGAUGGAUUUAAUAGUGAUGAAAAACGCAUGAGACAAAGGCGGAGUAAUCACAUGUUCUCUUAGCAUUUAUUUUAACUAACCCGGUUUCAUAUGUUACCCCAUCUUCAUUCAUAAUCAUAGGGCAUCAUUGGUUUUAUUUAUAGCCUUAGUGUAGUUAUUUUACCUGAAUGAAUUCUCAAUUCAUUCAAUUUUGGAACCUCACUUAUUCUUUUGUUCUUUUCAUUCAUGUCAAAUGCUUCCCUGUCUCUCUCUCUCUCUCUCUCUCUCUCUCUCUUUACCAUACGAGUCCUUCUUGAUAUUUUUUAUUUGGAUGUAAUUAUCUUAUAUGCAACCAUAGUUUUAUCAUAAGAGCUAUAAUGAAGAAGCUUCCAUCUUCCUGUAGUGCUUUUGGUUUCGGUGGACUUUAAGUUCAUUCAUUAAUUGGACCAUGCUAAUGAUGCUAGUGCUCAGCAUUUUCUUUUA